CGACCUUCCGGUCUAAGAUGGCGUCCCCCGUGGCAGCGCAGGCCGGGAAGCUUCUGCAGCGCCUGGCGCUCCGGCGCCCGCUCCUGGCGGCCACGUCUCAGACAUUUCAAGUAACCUCUCGAAGAUGGCUGAACCUGCAGGAAUACCAGAGCAAGAAACUGAUGUCUGACAAUGGAGUGAAAGUUCAGAGAUUCUUCGUGGCAGACACUGCGAGUGAGGCUCUCGAGGCAGCUGAGAAACUAAAUGCAAAAGAAAUUGUUUUAAAAGCCCAGAUCUUAGCUGGAGGAAGAGGAAAAGGUGUCUUCAACAGCGGGUUGAAAGGAGGCGUUCAUUUGACAAAAGACCCUAAAGUUGUGGGACAGCUGGCUAAACAGAUGAUUGGGUAUAAUCUAGCAACAAAGCAAACUCCAAAAAAUGGUGUGAAAGUUAAAAAGGUGAUGGUAGCUGAAGCCCUGGACAUUUCCAGAGAAACCUACUUGGCGAUUCUGAUGGAUCGGUCUUGCAAUGGCCCUGUUCUGGUGGGCAGUCCCCAGGGGGGCGUUGACAUCGAAGAGGUAGCAGCUUCUUCUCCAGAACUUAUUUUUAAGGAGAAAAUAGACAUUUUUGAAGGAAUAAAGGACAGUCAAGCUCAGCGAAUGGCAGAAAAUCUAGGCUUCCUCGGGCCUUUGAAAAAUCAGGCUGCAGAUCAAAUUAAGAAGCUGUAUAAUCUCUUCCUGAAAAUUGAUGCCACCCAGGUGGAAGUGAAUCCCUUUGGUGAAACUCCAGAAGGACAAGUUGUCUGUUUUGAUGCCAAGAUAAACUUUGAUGACAACGCAGAAUUCCGACAAAAGGAUAUAUUUGCCAUGGACGACAAAUCAGAGAACGAGCCCAUUGAAAACGAAGCUGCCAGAUACGAUCUAAAAUACAUAGGACUGGACGGGAACAUUGCUUGCUUCGUGAAUGGUGCUGGGCUGGCCAUGGCGACCUGUGACAUCAUUUCCCUUAAUGGUGGGAAGCCAGCCAACUUCCUGGAUCUUGGUGGUGGAGUAAAGGAAGCUCAAGUGUAUCAAGCGUUUAAAUUGCUUACAGCUGAUCCUAAGGAACCAAUGUCCAUGAGGCUCAGAACUUGCUCAAUACCAGUGGACUCCCCAUUACUUCGGCUGUCGACCUGGAGGACGCAGCUAGGAAGGCUGUGGCCAGCGUGGCAAAGAAGUGAGGUCUUCGUCUUGAACCACUGGAAAAGAAUCCAGUUUUUCUUAGAAAAGGAUGAUUCUCUCAUCACUGUGAAAGAAAUGGUUAUCCCAUUGGGGAAAAAGGGUUGGGCAGAAUAAGAAUCACUGUUUGAAAAAUCUUAAAUGUGUCUUUUUCUUAAAUAAGCUAUCUAGACAGCUUAAAUAAUAUGAUUUCACUUGUAGGCUUUAUUAAAAUUAUGUCCUGGGUUCUCAUACUUUUCUCUCAUGGUGAGCCUGCCUUGUAUGUAGAAUUUUGCUGACUCUGGGGAGAAGUCUAUAUGACCAAUGUGCAUAUAUAUAGAAUUUUAAAUGAGGCCUUGCUUCAUUUACAAGAAUUUUGGUGGACUUGUAGUCCAUAUAAUAAAAAAAUUACAGAACAUAAAAAAUUCAGACGAUAUUACAUUUAACAUAUUAACUACCAAAGGAUAAGGCGUUUGAAUAAAUAGGUAGUAUGUAUUACAUUUUUUACAAGUUUCUAAUUCUAACACAUUUGCAAAACUCAUGAUUACUCCAAAAUGUUUUUGUUUUUACAUUAUUGGGAGGUCCACAUUAAUAUUGUAUACAUGUAUUUUACCAUUUGCCUUAAUAUUGAAUAUACUGUUUACCUCACACUAAAAAUAAACCCAGAAGCCUUAUGUGUGAUUUUGGAGUAGAAAAUUCCAUUUUUACCUCAAAAUGGAAGAACUCUGAAUCUUUCAGAAAUCUUUAUAAUUAAGUCACUUCAAGAUGAGACACAGUAUGAAGAUCAAGUUGUGUUAUGUGUGUCAGUGUCCUCUCCCUCUUCUGCCCCCGCUCCCCCCCCCCCCCCAGUAUCUACCGGCUUGUGGUAGAAAGACAGGAAAAUAUAAUUGAGAGAACGUGACUUUUUCCAUGAUGUCCAUUUUUAUCAUGGGGAAGAAUUUAAAUUAGGUUUUCAUUUAAAUUUUGUUAAAAUUUUUAUCUGUACACAAAUUUAAAUAAAAUCCUGUUUUUUAAGUUCUAA